AUGGCCAAACCCAACUGCUCGUCCGCAGCACUGACGUGUGUCCAGGACCUGCUGUGUAACUCCAGCUUUGCUCAGAACUUCAGCGCGGCGGAGCUGGAGGAUUACUGCCUGGACCCGGAUGAGUACCUGGAGAAGUAUCUCGGCCCGCGGCGCUCUCCGGUCUUCCUGCCCGUCUGCGUCACCUACCUGCUGAUCUUCUCCGUGGGGGUUAUGGGUAACAUUCUCACCUGCACGGUCAUCACGCAGCACAGGGUGAUGAGGACGCCCACCAACUUCUACCUGUUCAGCCUGGCGGUGUCGGACCUGCUGGUGCUGCUGCUGGGCAUGCCGCUGGAGCUGUACGAGCUGUGGAGCAACUACCCGUUCCUGCUGGGGGAGAGCGGCUGCUACUUCAAAACCUUCCUGUUCGAGACCGUGUGCUUCGCCUCCAUCCUGAACGUCACGGCGCUCAGCGUGGAGCGCUACAUCGCCGUGGUCCACCCGCUCCGGGCCAAGUACGUGAUGACCCGGACCCACGCGAGGCGGGUGAUCCUGUGCGUGUGGGGCGUGUCGGUGGUGUGCGCUCUGCCCAACACCAGCCUGCACGGCAUCUUCACCCUGCCGCGGCCACGGGGGCGGGGCCAGGGCGGCCUGCCCGGCUCGGACACCUGCAUGCUAGUCAAACCGCGCUGGAUGUACAACCUCAUCAUCCAGAUCACCACGCUGAUCUUCUUCCUGCUGCCCAUGCUGACCCUCAGCGUGCUGUACCUGCUGAUCGGCCUGCGGCUGCGCAGGGAGAGGAUGCUGCAGGCGCUGCAGGCCGCAGACGGACCGCAGCAGGACGGAUACGGCGGAGUUCGCGGUCAGCAGCAGAAAGCGCGCAGGCAGCAGGUCACUAAGAUGCUGUUCGUGCUGGUGGUGAUGUUCGGUAUCUGCUGGGCUCCAUUUCACACUGACCGUCUGAUGUGGAGUUUCCUUGACCAGUGGGCCGGUGGCCAGGUGGAGAUUUUUCAGGCGUACGAGUACGUCCACGUGAUUUCGGGGGUUUUCUUCUAUUUGAGCUCCGCCGUUAACCCCAUCCUCUACAACCUGAUGUCCACUCGCUUCAGGGAGAUGUUUAAGGAGGUGAUGUGUCGCCACACGCGGCUUCCAGUGCCCAGGAAGCAGUCUCUGAGCGUGACCCGGGUGACCUUACGCAGCGUGGUCAGUGAGGUCGCCCCUGGCAACGGCACCGUCACUGCGGACGGGGAUUAUGACUUUUACGAAUGUCAUGAAAACGAGACGACAUUUGACUGA